AUGGAUUGCAUUAAGAUUGUACUGAAGCAAUUCGUUAGUGGAAUCAGUGAACGAUUGGGCAAAGUAGAAAAAAGCAAUACUUUAUGUGCUAGUACUUUUUGUGAUCCAAGAUUUAAACACAUAUCAUUCCGUGAGAAUAGUACUUUAGAGAUAAUUAAAAAAACAAUAAUCGCAGCGAUAGCCGAAAAGUAUACAGCAGAACUUUGCGAAUCCCACAGUGAGGCUAAUGCCGAAAUAAGGCAUGACGACGCAAAAUCCAGGGACGUUGACGAAUUGUCAAUUUGGUUUGCAUUUGAUCAAGCUGCAGCAACCAUUGUACCACAAGGAACUUCCAUAUCUAAAGCCAUAAUUGAAGUCCAACGGUACAUGGAAUCUGGAAUUAUUCCAAGGCAGCAAGAUCCUUUAGAGUGGUGGAGAAAAAAUAAAUAUAUGUACUCACACCUUUCCCUUGUUGCCCAAGAAAGAUUAAGUGCCCUCUGUACGUCGGUACCAUGCGAACGCCAAUUUUCAACAGCAGGACUGAUAGUGUCUGAUAGGCGAACUCGUUUCAGCCCGAAAAAAGCCGAGAUGCUAAUGUUUUUACAAACAAACCAUGUGUAUUUGUAA